GAUUUGUCCAAAAGCGGCUCUUUGGGUCUCAAAGCAUCGAGCCUUGCGGAGGAGCACGGCAUCUGGGGCGGUUUGGGCCCGGAUCGCGAGUUUCUGCCGCUCCCCCCGGCUCCGGAGGGGCGCAGCGUCCACCGCUCCGCGAAAGACACGGACGUGGACAUCUUCGCCGAGCUUCUGGAAGAGGCAUCCGAGAAGCCGAAGAGUGAGGAGAAGGAGACGUCGAAGGAGCCGGAGCCCCAAAAAAGGGAGGAGGAGGCUUCGAAGAAGGAGGAGGAGAAGGAAGACCCCUUCUUGGGCCCUUCGAAGUCCUCGGAGCAAGUCUUGCCGGCCUGGCGGGUGCAGGGCGCGCCGCUCUUCGCCGGGGAUCCCGCGCCGGAGUCCCUUCCCCUGGGCCUCUCCGAGGCCGACGCCUUCGAAGAUGCCGUGGGCCGCCUCGCUUUGUCGGGCUUCGAAGUCACCAAGUGCCAUCUGGCUCUUGAGGCUGCGGGGGGCGACGAGAAUCUGGCCCGACAGUUUCUCCUGUGCCCGGAAUGA